AUGGCAACUGAUGCAAAAUCAAUUACAAACAUUACACCAUCGUCACUUCCAUGGAAAACGAGAUUUCUCGUCAAGAUAAUUUCCGCUCUAAUGAAGGCCACCUGCCAUUCAGACGGCACUUUAAACACGCGUCUUCUCCGUCUCCUCGAUCUUCAGCUCCCCACCAUUCCCAACCGUCUGAUCUACUCCGUUUCCUCCUCUAACAUCACAAUUUCUCCCACUCGCAAUCUCUGGUUUCGUCUCUUUUCUCCCUCCGUCGCUACCACUUCUCUCCUCCCCGUCCUCGUCUUCUUCCAUGGCGGUGGCUUCACCAUGUGCACUCCUGCAUCCCUCCCAUUCGACGUCGUUUGCCGCCGAUUCGCCUCCACCCUCUCCGCUCAUGUCAUCUCCGUUAACUACCGCCUUGCGCCGGAGCACCGUUACCCUUCUCAAUACGACGACGGAUUUGACGUCCUCAAGUUCCUGGACGACAACUGGGAGAUGGUAUUGCCACCAAAUGCUGAUCUCUCAAGGUGCUUUCUAGCCGGAGACAGCGCGGGUGCCAACGUGGCCCACCACGUGGCGGUUGAGAGUUGUCGGACCGAAACGUUUCGGACGUUGAAACUUGUCGGGUUGGUUUCUAUACAACCUUUCUUUGGAGGAGAAGAAAGGACCGAGUCCGAGAAGCGGUUAAUCGGGUCGUUCCUGGUAUCCAUGGCCCGAACCGAUUGGUGUUGGAAGGUGUUCUUGCCGGAGGGAUCUAAUCGGGACCACCCAGCGGCGAACGUAAGUGGGCCAAAUGCGGUUGAUAUAUCGGGUAUGGAGUUUCCUGAUACAGUGGUGUUCGUGGGCGGGUUUGACCCGUUGCAGGAUUGGCAGAGAAGAUAUUAUGAUUGGUUGAAGAAAUCCGGGAAAAGGGCAACGUUGAUCGAGUAUCCAAACAUGAGCCAUGCAUUUUACGUGUUUCCCGAAUUAUCUGAGUCGUCCCAGUUAAUAAUGCAAGUAAAGGAUUUUGUUGACAAACUUUCAUUCAAGUGA